UAGUUGAAAGUGUGCAGAAGAGUAGAAGAAAGAGAUAAUCUGACUUGAAGUGUGAGAGUGAAUAGAGGUUUCCCAAUCCCAUGGAGAGGGCAAGCACAAGGUUGAACAAUACAUCCUCCACUCCUCUUCUACCAUUUCUCUCUCCCAGUUGCCCCCUUCAAUUUCAGCUCCACACUUCCACCCUCACCUUCCCUACCCUGCACGCUCGUCCAAACCCCCUUCAAUUUCGCCGGCCACCACCCAUUACCAAUUGCUCAAUUCCCUCUUCAGUGUCUAAUGUUGGUGCCACGGAUUUAUCUCUUGCGGUGAAGAAGAAAGCAGCAGAUGUGUCCCCUGAGCUGAGAGGGACCUCCAUAUUUCUGGUUGGUAUGAAAGGCUCUCUUAAAACCAGUUUGGGAAAGCUGCUGGCUGAAGCUUUGCGGUAUUAUUAUUUUGACAGCGAUAGCUUGGUGGAAGAAGCUUUAGGCGGUGUAUCAGCCGCAAAUUCUGUUAGACAGAGUGAUGAAAAGGGCUUCUCCGAGUCUGAGACUGAAGUACUGAAGCAAUUGUCCUCCAUGGGCCGACUAGUAGUUUGUGCUGGAAAUGGUGCUGUUCAAAGUAAAACUAAUUUGGCACUUCUGAGACAUGGGAUUUCAUUGUGGAUAGAUGUGCCUCUAGACAUUGUGGCUAGGGAUGUAAUUGAAGAUCAGAGUCAAUUUGCUGCAUUUGAGGAGGUGAAUGAACUAGGUGCUCUAUACAAUAAAUACAAAGAUGGAUAUGCUACAGCUGAUGCAAUUAUUUCACUUCAAAAGGUUGCUUCUCGGCUGGGUUAUGAUAACUUAGAUGACAUUACAAAGGAAGAUAUGGCUUUGGAGGCUCUUAGGGAGAUUGAAAAGUUGACCAGAGUAAAGAAGAUGAUGGAAGAGGCUGCAAGACCAUUUUAAGCAACCAUGGCAUGCUCUGUUAUUUUUGUAUUAACUAGUUUGUUUCCUUUUUUACUUAUUUAUUCCGCUGAACGUACUAGACUGUUAUUUCUGAAAAAAAAAAAAAAAAACUCUUGUGUGUA